AUGAACUGGGGUGCACUAGAGGCCCUCAUCAGCGGGGUCAAUAAAUACUCAACUGCCUUUGGUCGCGUCUGGCUAUCCAUGGUCUUCGUCUUCCGGGUGAUGGUGUUUGUGGUGGCAGCCCAGCGGGUCUGGGGUGAUGACAGCAAGGACUUUACCUGCAACACGCUCCAGCCUGGUUGCAGCAACGUUUGCUAUGACCACAUGUUCCCCAUCUCUCACGUCCGCCUGUGGGCCCUGCAGCUCAUUUUCGUCACCUGUCCGUCCCUGAUGGUGAUGGGGCACGUCAAGUAUCGCGAGAAGAAGGACAUGCAGUACACUACCUUACACAAGGGUGCCCAUCUGUAUGCCAACCCUGGAAAGAAACGUGGAGGGCUGUGGUGGACAUACCUGUUGAGUCUGGUUUUCAAGGCAGGCUUUGACGCCGGCUUCCUCUACAUCCUGCACCACAUCUAUGAAGGCUUUGACAUGCCCCGCCUGACCAAGUGCACCCUGUCUCCAUGCCCCAACACGGUGGACUGCUACAUAUCCCGUCCCACCGAGAAGAAAAUCUUCACCCUCUUCAUGGUGGUUUCCUCUGUUGCCUGUAUCUUGAUGUGCAUAUGUGAGAUGGCGUAUCUAAUCUGCAAACGUAUCCAGAAACUUGUUAAGAAGAAGAUUGCCUCAGAGAGGAAGGAGUUCGCAGAGAACCACGAGAUGACACGGCUGGCAGCGCCCAGGUCAGAUUUCAGGUCCAAAACAUCACUCAGAGUGGAUCCCACGAUCUCAAUGCACAACCUCAGUAACAUCAACACUGAGAAAGAGGCAUCUGAGAAAAAAUAA